AUGAGGGCCGACCUACUAUGGUGGCAAACCUUUCUGAAGGACUGGAACGGCCUGAGCCUACUCCGUAACGUCGCCGACCGUCACACAUGGCAUAUUUGGACUGACGCAUCGGGGAAACUCGGUAUGGGCGGCUACAUUGUAGAACUCUCGAACCUAUCGCCAUCCCUUCAGGACGUUUUCAGCGAACGAGUACCCAAACGGGAGCUCCAUAAGGAUAUUCAGUUCAAAGAAAUGAAAGCCGUGGGCCAUGCCAUGCCAUCCGGACAUGGCUGGAUAGGCUUCAUGGAUCUCGUCUGA